AUGGACAAUCGGUUGCGACUUACAACCACAAUAGAAGGCAUUUGGUAUCUAGCAAAUCAAGCAUUAGCUUUUCGAGGUCAUGAUGAAUCUGUUGACUCAUCUAACCGAGGAAAUUUCGUUGAAAUCUUAAAGUCUUUUGCAAGAAUGAAUAUAGAAGUUGAGAAAGUUGUUUUAGAUAAGGCUCCUCAUAAUGCUCAGUAUAUUGCCCAUGAUAUACAAAAACAGAUCUUGCAUAUUUUUGCUACCAAGGUGAAGAAGAAAAUUUGUGCCAAACUUGGGAAGAACAAAUAUUGUAUUCUUGUUGAUAAAUCACUUGAUGAAUCAGGCAAGGAACAAAUGGCUAUUAUUCCAAGAUUUGUUGAUUGUGAUGGAUUUAUUCGUGAACGCUUUUUCGAUAUUGUGAGUGUCGUAGACACUAAUGCCUUGACUCUUAAACAAAAGAUAUGCAAAGUACUUGAUAAUAACGGCAUUCUAGUGGAAAACAUGCGUGGCCAAGGGUAUGAUGGUGCUAGUAAUAUACGUGGUUCAUGGAAUGGAUUACAAGCAUUGUUUCUUCAAGAUUAUCCAUAUGCAUAUUAUGUGCAUUGCUUUGCUCAUCCCUUGCAAUUAGCAUUAAAUGGUGCAACUAAAGAUGUGAAGGUUGUAUGGAGAUUUUUUUCAAUGUUGACUAACAUUGUGAAUUUUGUUAGUGCUUCUGCUAAGCGCCAUAAUGAGUUAAAUUUAAUUCGAAAAGCUGAACUCAAAAAGUUGUUGGAUUCUGGGGAACUUGAGACAGGUAGAGGACUUAAUCAAGGUCGUAGUUUGAAACGAGCUGGAGCCACUCGUUGGGGAUCUCACUUUGCCUCUAUUACAAGGUUAAUGAGUUCAUUUAAAGAGACUAAAAUACUUCUUCAGGAAAUCAGUGAACAUGGACCUAACCAACAAUUUCGGAGUGAUGCAGAGAGUAACUAUAUUGCUAUGAUGUCUUUUGAGUUUGUGUUUGCAUUGCUUUUGAUAGAUAAAAUUAUGGGAUUGACCAACUUUCUCUGUCAAGUGUUUCAGAAAAAAAAAACUCAAGAUAUUGUAAGUGCUUUAAACUUUGUUGAAAACACAAAAUCACAGUUCCAAGAUAUGAGGGCACAUGACUGGGAUGAUUUAUUCAUGAGUGUGGUAUCAUUUUGUGAACAACAUGGUAUUGAUGUUCCUGAUAUGAGUUAUCGUUAUAUGAUGGGCACACGUCGUUCUUGUCAACAACAAGAUUUUAUUACAGUUGAACAUUACAAUCGCAUUGAUGCAUUUAAUGAUGUGAUAGAUUGCAUGUUGAGGGAGUUAAAUGAUAGAUUUCCAGAGCAAACAGUUGAACUUCUUAUUCUUAGCUCAGUAUUGGAUCCUCGUAGUUCCUUCAAAUCAUUCAAUAUUGGGCAUCCAUGUAAACUUGCUGAGAAAUUCUAUCCUGGUGAUUUCAAUCCAAGUGACUUAAAAGGUUUGGAAAUUGAGUUGAGGUAUUUUCAAAAUGAUAUACAUGGCCUUCCCUGCUUUAAGGACCUCACCACUCUUCCUCAGUUAUGUCAACAAUUUGUGGAAACAACUUUGGCAGAAAACUACCAUUUGCUUUACAGGUUGAUUCAAUUGGUGUUGACUCUUCCUGUUUCUACAGCAACAACGGAACGAGCUUUUUCAUGUAUAAGAAUUAUUAAUAAUAGACUUCGAAGCACCAUAGCUGAUGAAUUCCUUGCUGAUUGCAUGAUUCUCCACAUUGAAAGAGAGUUUGCUAAUAUUAUCGAUAAUGAAGAGGUAAUUGAGGAAUUUAAGAUUUCUAUGCCUCGUAGGGUACAAUUUUAG